AAGAUGUUCCUCUCCUCGAAGUUGGUGCUGCUGGUGACAGCAGUGAGCAGCAUCUGGGCCCAAGAGUUUCAUGAAGAGAGGAAGACGAAUAAGAAAUCCAGAGCCAAACCUCAGGCUGCAAACAUUUAUGAUGGACAAGCCAUCCUAGAUGAGGACUGCAGGUUGGAGCUCUCCUUCCUGGUCGACAGCUCAGAGAGUGCCAAGGACAAUCAUGAACAGGAGAAGCAGUUUAGCAUGAACUUGGUGGACAGACUCCAAGGGGUACAGCUGCAGAACGGCCGCAGCUUGAGUUUCAGGGUGGCUCUGCUGCAGUACAGCAGUCAUGUUAUCACCGAGCAAACCCUCAGAGACUGGAGGGGCACAGAUAACUUCAAGGCCCGUAUAGCUCCCAUCGUCUACAUCGGGCACGGCACCUACACCACCUACGCCAUCACCAACAUGACCAGGAUCUACCUGGAGGAGUCCGGCCCCAGCAGCAUCAGAGUCGCUGUGCUGCUCACAGAUGGUAUUUCCCAUCCGAGAAACCCUGACAUUUUCUCUGCUGUUGCUGAUGCCAAGAACCAAGGCAUCAAAUUCUUCUCUUUGGGCAUCACCCGUGCAGCCAACGAGCCAGCAAAUGUAGCCCAGCUACGUCUACUCGCCAGCUCCCCGGCCUCCCGCUUCCUCUAUAAUUUACAGGAUGAAGACAUUGUUGAAAAAAUCGCCACAGAAAUUACUGGCUUGGCUGAUGAAGGAUGCCCUCUGGCUCAGAGAUGUGCUUGUGAGAAAGGCGAGAGGGGACCAAGCGGGCCUACGGGGAAAAAAGGUCGUGCCGGAGAAGAUGGUGCCCCAGGGGUCAAAGGGCAAAAGGGUGAAGCAGGACUAAGUGGUCUACCUGGGCGAGAGGGUGCUGAGGGAAAACCAGGUUACAAAGGAGAGCAGGGUGAGAGGGGCGAGUGUGGCACUCCAGGAAUCAAAGGAGACAGGGGGCCUGAGGGCUCACUUGGAGCAAGAGGACUUAGAGGUCUGCAGGGGUUACUAGGACCACAAGGAGACAUCGGACCAGAGGGCCCUCAGGGAAAACAGGGGGAACGUGGCCCACCUGGACUUCCAGGAAUUCAGGGGGAAACUGGUGUUGGACUUCCAGGACCAAAGGGUGACAUGGGAUUCCAGGGCCGACCAGGUCCUCCCGGUCCCCAUGGCGUGGGUGAGCCUGGCCCUCCUGGACCUCAAGGACCACAAGGUGUUCAAGGGGAAAAAGGACCUCAUGGUGAGGGAUUUCCUGGACCAAAGGGGGAGCGGGGGCUCGCUGGCCCGAGGGGGCCAAGGGGACAACAGGGUGUAGGAAUCAAAGGAGAUAAGGGUGACAUGGGGCCUCUGGGUUUUCCAGGGCCAAUGGGACAGACAGGAGUGGGCAUACAGGGAGAGAAGGGAGUCGAGGGUCCAAGAGGUCCACCAGGAGCCAGAGGACAUCCAGGAGAAGGUUUACUUGGACCUAAGGGAGACCAAGGUUUACCGGGGGAGCAGGGAGCCCCGGGAGAGAGAGGUGUUGGAGAGCCGGGUCCAAAGGGAGAGCCUGGAGCUGCUGGUUUGGCUGGCGUGCCUGGUCUUCCAGGAGAGGAUGGCGCUCCGGGUCAGAAGGGUGAGGCUGGUUUACCUGGUUUAAGGGGACCAGAGGGGGCACAAGGGAUUGGCACUCAAGGGGAGAAGGGUGACCAGGGUCUGAGGGGCAUUCGGGGGUUACACGGGCCUCCUGGUGUCUCAGGACCUUCUGGACCAAAGGGUGAACGUGGGAUACCAGGUCAGCAAGGCUUGCCGGGACAGUCAGGACGAUCCAUAUCAGGUCCAAAGGGUGAUGUGGGUCCUGCUGGUCCCCCUGGUCCUGUUGGGGAACCAGGCCAUGGAUUACCUGGUCCAAAGGGUGAACGUGGCCAUACAGGUUUACUUGGUCCAGUUGGUCCAAAAGGUGAAGGCCUUCCUGGCCCAGUGGGUCCUCCAGGCCUGCCAGGUUUACCAGGCGAGCCAGGCCCAGAAGGAGUUGGAAUUCCCGGUCCCAAGGGUGAUAUUGGCUUUAGAGGAUUGCCAGGUUUGCCCGGCCCACCUGGAGAGGGCUUACAAGGACUACCUGGUAAUGUCGGGAGGGCAGGGCCUGCUGGUCCAACUGGCCCUCCAGGAGAGGGUAUUCAAGGCCCAAAGGGUGAGCCAGGAGCUCAAGGUAUGACUGGGCCAAGAGGGCCUCAAGGAGAUGGAUUUCCUGGCGCUAAGGGUGAUCGUGGAUCACAGGGUGAGAGGGGAAUGAAAGGCACAAAAGGUGACAUGGGAGAUUCUGGAGUUCCUGGUGAAGCAGGAAGACCAGGAGCAAAAGGAGACCCAGGCCUCACAAGAGAAGACAUAAUUAAGCUGAUCAAAGAAAUCUGUGGAUGCGGCAUCAAGUGCAAAGAAAGGCCAAUGGAACUUGUGUUCGUCAUCGACAGCUCAGAGAGCGUCGGCCCCGAGAACUUUGAAAUCAUCAAGGACUUUGUCAUCAGGUUGGUGGACGGGACUACAAUUGGACGCAACGCCACCAGAAUCGGACUGGUCCUUUACAGUCUGCACGUCCAUUUGGAGUUCAACUUGGCUCGCUACAUGAGCAAGCAGGACGUUAAGGAGGCGAUCAGAAAAAUGCCUUACAUGGGUGAAGGCACCUACACUGGCACCGCCAUCAGAAAGGCGACUCAGGAGGCUUUCUUCAGCGCUCGGCCUGGGGUCAGAAAAGUAGCCAUUGUCAUCACCGAUGGUCAAACUGACAAACGAGAGCCUGUUAAACUCGACAUAGCUGUGAGGGAAGCUCACGCUGCAAACAUUGAGAUGUACGCCCUGGGGAUUGUUAAUUCUUCUGAUCCAACACAGGCGGAGUUCCUGCAAGAGCUCAACCUCAUUGCCUCAGACCCCGACAGUGAACACAUGUACCUUAUUGAUGACUUCAACACUCUACCAGCACUGGAGUCUAAACUGGUCAGCCAGUUCUGUGAAGAUGAAAAUGGAGCCGUCAUUUACAAUCACAUUACAAAUGGACACUGGAAUGGCAACAAUGGCCAUGGGCAUGGCACUAAUGGAAACAAUGGACAUGGGCAGAAUACCAAUGGAUACAAUGGCUAUGAGAAUAAUGGUUAUGUUUACAGUUAUGGAAAUAAUGGAUAUGGGAACACUGAAAAUAGUAAUAAUUAUCAAGACGAGAUUCAAAAUCACAGACGCACCAUCAGCCGAGGCCGUGGAGACACUUUCACACUUCCCAUCAGCUCUGAUCCUCUCCCUGUUCAGGUGGUGGAAGAUGAUGAAGGUGAAGAUUUAGACUUGAGAAUCCAUGGACGGGGCAGUAAAGCUUUGGCUGCUGUAGUUUUGGUUAACAAAACAACAACUCUAUCUCAUGGGAAAGAAAGCUCCAUCUCCAAUGAGGCCUCUUCAUCCUCAUCUGCAGCAUCUGUGUCAACACUGAGCUCAGUUUCAUCUUUAAACACUAAUCAGAAGCAACCCGCAGUGAAUCCAGUCACGCCUGAAGAGGCCCCUGCUCUCGAUCCCCGCUGUAACCUCAGCUUGGACCAAGGCACCUGCCGAGACUACACCAUCCAGUGGUACUAUGACAAGCAGGCCGAUGCCUGCGCACAGUUCUGGUAUGGAGGCUGCGGAGGAAACGGCAACCGCUACGAAACAGAGGAUGAAUGCAAGAAGACCUGCGUUAGAUUCAGAACAGCUGGUCAUCCUGUCCACACCUCCAGCUGA